AUGACGGUUGCCUCUCAUCGUUAUGCCGGUCUCCUCUCUUCACUAUGCCGGUUGCCUCUCAUCGUUAUGCCAGUUGCCUCUCGUCACUAUGCCGGUCUCCUCUCGUCACUAUGCAGGUCUCCUCUCGUCACUAUGCCUGUUUGCUCUCGUUACUAUGCCUGUUUGCUCUCGUCGUUAUGCCGGUCUCCUUUCGUCACUAUACCGGUCUCCUCGUCGUUAUGCCAGUUGCCUCUCUUCACUAUGUCGGUUUCCUCUCGUCACUAUGCCGGUCUUCUCGUCAUUAUGCCGGUCUUCUCGUCAUUAUGCCGGUCUCCUCUCGUUACUAUGUCGGUUUCCUCUCGUCACUAUGCCGGUCUUCUCGUCAUUAUGCCGGUUUCUUCUCGUCGUUAUGCCAGUUGCCUCUCUUCACUAUGUCGGUUUCCUCUCGUCAUUAUGCCGGUUUCCUCUCGUAGUUAUGCCGGUUUCCUCUCGUAG